AUGGUAACUGUACCUAUAACAAAAUCUAAAGGUGUUACUAUACAAUCUUCUACUGAUACUAUUACAAAACCUUUUUUACCAAUUGAAAGAUUGGAAGAAAUGGGUAUAAAUGUAUCAGAUAUAAAUAAAUUGAAAAGUGCUGGAAUAUGUACAAUAUUAGGUGUAAUACAGACAACAAAGAAAGAUUUAUGUAAUAUAAAAGGAUUAACAGAAAUGAAAGUUGAGAAAAUUUCUGAUUCCGCUUCCAAAUUAGAAAUUACAAAUUCUUUCAUUUCUGCUAAUCAACUUUAUCAAUUAAGAAAAUCUAUACUUAAAAUUGAUACUGGUAUUAUUUAUUAUUUAUGGUUUCCGUUACGGUGCUUGGUCCAGCGGAACCAGUUCCAUCAACCCCAAAAGGGGUACUUUAGUUAUAUACCCUUAGUAUUACUUAGUUAUAUACCUAUAUUAGUUAGUUAUAUAGUUAAGGGAGUAGUUAGUUGGUUAGUUAUACCCCUUACGGGGUACCGUUUGAGCAAGCACCGUAACGCUGUCUUAGGAAGUGAAAUGUUGAAUAAAUUAUUGAAUGGUGGUAUAGAAACAAUGUCAAUAACAGAAUUAUUUGGUGAAAAUCGUACUGAGAAGAUAGAGAAGAUUUGUGAGAGAUUUGAUUUAGAUCCAAUUAUUAUUUUGGAUAAUAUUUUCUAUUCUAAAGCUUAUACACAUGAACAUUUAUUAUUUCUAAUUAAUAACAUAACUACUAAGAUGGUAGAAGAAAGAUUUGUAUUAUUAAUAAUAGAUUCAAUAAUAUCAUUAUUUCGUAUUGAUUAUUCUGGACGUGGUGAACUUGCUGAAAGACAACAGAAACUUAAUAAAUUACUUUCAAAUUUAUUAAAAAUUGCACAACAAUUUAAUAUUGCUAUUGUUUUAACUAAUCAUGUCAUUUCUGAACCUUCUGGUAAUUUAUCUUUCAUUUCUAAUCCAACCAAACCAGGUUUCCAUUACGGUGCUUGCUCACACGGCUCCCAAUACCACUACUUAGUUAUCCCCGUAAGGGGCUCCUUAAUCCCCGAAGGGGUUCCUUUAACCCCUGAAAGGGCAAGCACCGUAAUGGAAUAUUUAGCUGGUGGAAAUGUAAUUGGACAUGCAUCAACAUGUAGAUUAUCAUUAAGAAAAGGUAAAGGUAAUCAAAGAAUAUGUAAAGUUUAUGAUUCACCAAAUCUUCCUGAAUCUGAAUGCAUUUUUGAAUUGUAA